AUGUAUUUGGUGGAGAGCAAAGGAGGUGCAAAAGCAUGCAUGCUUCUUGCUCUAUUUUUCUUGGGAACAUGGCCUGCAAUUUUGACUCUACUGGAAAGAAGAGGUCGUCUUCCUCAACACACUUACCUUGUUUAUACGAUCACAAAUCUGUUGGCUGCUGUCAUCAUUGCUUUCACAUUCGAUGAAAUCGAAAAGCGCACAACUGAACAGCCAAAUUUCCUAAAUCAACUAUCUCAGGAUAAUUGGCAUAGCGUAUUGUUUGCAAUGGCAGGUGGGAUUGUCCUCGGCCUAAAUCUGUCAACUCAAUAUGCUUGGGCAUUUGUUGGAACAACCUUGAAUUACUUCUUAGAUGACAGAAUUAACAAAGCUGAGAUUCUUUUUCCUGCUAUUGGAUGCUUUUGGAUUGUUGUUUGUCUUGGAUCUGCUGUGUAUGCAUCCAAUGCUGCAGAUAAUGAAGCCAAAAUUUCUAGUUUCUCAAAUAAUUACGAAGAUGGGACAGCGUAUGAUUCAUUGUUUUGGAUGACUAGUUUAUUAACAAGUUGUGACGAUAGAGUUGAUAGCUCAAGUAGCCAAGUAGAAGUUUCUUGA